AUGCAGGCCAAGAACCAGCAGCAGACAGCGCUGGAGGGGAACCAGGCGAACCAGGAAGCGGAAAGUGGAGAAGACAAUCGUAAGGAACUCUUUGACGAGCAGUUGCAAAAGGCGGAAGCGCAGAAUGCGGGAGUGAAAGAGGCCCGGCAAAACCUGCAGGAGAUCGCCAACGAGCUUGCCCAGUCUGGCAGCUCAGACGUCAGCGAGAGGGCAAAGGAGCAGUUGCAGGAAGCCCUUGCCAAGCUGGACGAAAUUGCUCUAGAAGAUGCGGAUCUCAGCACCGAUGCUGCACAAGAGCGGCUGGAUUCCAAGAUCGGUUCUGGCGGCGUCACUCUGGGGCGGCAGCUGAAAACGCUGGAGCUGGUGAAUUAUUUCGGUCUGCUUCGUGGAGUGCUCGUCCGGGACAGGCCUGAGGACGGAGGUGUGCCGAUCGACCAUUUGGGGAUGGUUUGCAGCUUCAAGCCUCGCUUUGCGCAGCAGGAGGAAUCGCUGAGGAGGGGCAUCACCGUUGUCCCCGACCUUACGGAAACCGAAAUGUCUGUCGAGGCGGAGUCUGCCCUGGAUAUGCAGAGAGCCCAAUCAGUCAUCGCUGCUUAUGGGAGAAGCGCCAUGUCCACUGUCGCCACGAACUACGGCGGUUCGGUGUCGGUCUCUGUAGGUGUCCCUUUCCUUAGUGGCGGAUCGGCCUCAGCCAGCUUCGAGAAAGCUGACUCCAGCUCGUCGGCGUCUUCCUCAUCUGGCCAGAAGAGUACGGCAUCGCAACUGCGGACCACGAUGACAGAGUUGUCAAAGUCCACCUAUUUCUUCGCGCCAAAGCUCGCCGUGAAGAUUGAUCCGCUGAUGUUGCAGCCUUCGCCAGAGUUCAAGCUGGCUUGGUCGAACAUCGCGCACAAAUAUUGUCUUGCGCAGCAAGCGCCACCAACGCCUGCUACGACUACUACGACCACUGCGUUUGCAAGCGCGAACGGGUCAAGCGCGAGCGGCACGGAAGACAUUGAGCUCGUUGACCUCGAGGAUGCAUGCAAGAAAUACAAGGUGGACCCGGACAGCGUUUACGGUGGGAGCCCAGAAGAAGAAACGGAGGAAGAGGAAGACGCAAACACUGCAGUUCAGAUCUCCUUCUUUGCCACGAACUUCGAUGUCCUGGCCACUCUGGGAGCCUUGCCAAAGAAAGCGUUUGAGGAUGCCGUGACACAAGCGAUGAACUACUACGGAGUUAUUGGCGAUGACGAGACCAUCAAAGUCACCCUGAGCAGACCUUCAAAGACGGAAGUGGACUCAAGUUCUCUGCUCAACACGGUGAAAGUGGUGGUCGUAAUUCCGGCGAAGCCCAACGAAGAUUCGGAACCAGCGGGCAAGAGUCGCCUGACGUUCUACUCGGAAUGGAAAACGCAGGGUCCGCCGUGGGGUCUUCAAAGCAGGAUCCUGGAUCAGUUUGACAAAAGCGACACGUUGAACCUUGGUGGCAUGCGAUCCGUUUUGGCUGCGCGCGCCACGGUUACGUCGGCCAACGCCACCUGGGAAGAUUACAAAUCGGAUUUCCUCGACUUGAUUCACAAGUUCGGCUCCCACGUCUGCCCUUCUGCCAUCUUGGGCGGCUGGAGGAAUAUUGAGGCCACAUACAAGAGCCAAGAGUCCAAGGAGAGGUCGGAAGUGUCCAACGUGAUUUCCGAAGCCAUUCGAGAAGCGGCGUCUUCAUCGUGGAGCGCAUCCGGAGGCGUCUCCGGUGCUUACAAGUUCAUCUCAGGCUCUGUAAGUGCCAGUGGAGGCAGCAGCAGUAGCAGCGGCUCUGACAACUCGAAUACGGGCGGCUCAUCGCAGGAUACGGCGACGGCUUCAAAGACGACGAACAUUCAGGUCCAGCAGUCGUGGAAGGGUGGAUCCUCUGGCACGUCGCCGGAAGACUGGAGGAGAAGUUUGGACUCUUCGCUCAACUCCAAUUGGAAGGUGAUUGACCACGAGCUGCCGAAAUGCAUCGGAAUCUGGUGGUUCGUGAGCGACGAUUUUACUCGCAAUGGUUUGUGCAACGCUUGGUUGCAAGUUUAUCUGGAUGGCGGUCCCUUUCAAAAUGUCGCCCAGUUCAUCGAGGAGAGCGUGCGGGACAAGGCUUGCGAAAGCACGCGGAACAUGGCGCUUCUCCGGAACGACGUGCAAGAGCUCCUCCGCCUGGAGACCGCAGGGAAUGUGCGGCUGUUGAAGCAGCGCUGUGAGCGCAACCAGGACUUCAAGCAGUUCAAGCUGAAAGUCACCACUCGACGAGGGGACGCAGCAACGCAAGCACGACUUGGAGGUGUCCGCUUCGCCUCAGAAGGAGUCACCCGGAUCCCCACGAGCAUCUCCGACAAGGCCGCCGAUGGGGACUAUUUGAUUUCAAACAGUGGCUUUUUGCUUAUAAGCUUUGACGCGCCUGUGUCAGUAACAGACUUCUCCUUCCUGCUGACCCAGACGAUUGCGAAUGCGCACGAGGAUCCCGUUGCUUUUCGACUUUAUGGCCAUGAUGGCACAAACCCCGAUGCCCUGCUACUAGACUUCGAGAUGGAUGAUCCUACCAAGCAGAUCACCUCCGUGCCGACUUCCGUUCGUCAAGCGUGGUCGCCAUGGCUUGGACUGCUAGGUGGCGCUGAAGGCUACUCAUGGAACGACGAGCAGGGCAUCUGUCAGAAGAAGUCGCCCUGCUGGACAGUCAAGGAGCGGUCUGCACAGUCGAUGACCGUGAGAAGUGCUGCCACGAGCUCGAGAUUUACCUUUCUGGGGAUUGAGACUUCGGAGGCGUUUGUGAAGCUGAAGCUCUAA